AUGAGUUUCAUUUUUCAAACUCUAAUCUUCUUAGUGCUAAUAUCCAUUGUCUCGCCAUCGAACGAAGAAACCGAAAUCAAAACGCCUCUUCGAUUUCGAGCUCUUCGUAAUUUUGGAAGCUCUGAAGUGUCGGCAGAGCAGAUAGCGGAUGCACCAGAGAGUCAGCCAAUCAAACGAGAAGAGCCAUUUCUUCUAGCCGAUUCUUCGACGGAGCAGGAAGAAGAGUGCGAAGCUCUACCAAAUCGCACGCGCACUCGUCCCUCCUUCUUCCAAUGUCGAGAAAAUACCAAGCUUGAACUCCACGGCGGAGCAAUAACAAACAUCAACGGCGAUGACACAUACCCGGUAUCGUUUGCAUCUCCGAUUCGAGUAUUCUUGGAUGUUUCAAGCAACACGAAUAAGAGAUAUGACAAUUUGGGUGUUGAAGUGUCGCUGUUCAAACGGUCAACGGGUUGGUUCGGUUGCGGAUGGCUAUUUUUGCCAAGUUUCGGGUUACUUAGCAAUUAUGAAAUGUGCGAUGAUAAUCCAUCGUGUCCAAUCACGCCUGGCCGGCAGGUCAUCGAAUUCGAAAUUGAUCCCACUAAAUUGUUCACGAAUGUCUUCCGCCUGAUUCAUUAUGAUUUGUCAGCCUAUCAGCUGGUUGUGAAAAUUCGUGACAAUCGUGAUCCAUAUCGUGAGCUGCUGUGCGCCACCAUUCAAACGAGAAUCAUUUUAUAG